AUGCGCAGGAACUUUGACAGUGACAACAUUGUACGACUUUUGGAAAUCGUGUCAAUUGGCAAUCCUGUUAUGGUGGUGAUGGAACUGAUGGCUAAUGGUGAUCUAAAGGGAUAUCUUCGGAUAGGACAAUGGUGUUUAUUGUUUUUGCAGAAGGAUGGACUGCUUCAGUUUGCAGUCCAAAUUGCAAAUGGCAUAGCUUACUUAGCAAGGAAGGAAUUCAUUCAUCGUUUGGCAGCACAUAACUGCAUGGUGGAUAAACACAUAUUUGUUAAGAUAGGAGAUGAGGUCAAAGAAUUUGGUUUAACACGUGACGUAUAUGCAACUGACUACUACAGGAAGAGAGGCUCCGGUCCUCUCCCUGUCAGAUGGAUGGCUCCAGAAUCACUACAGGAUGGUGUUUUUGGUCAUCCUUCCGAUGUUUGGUCAUUUGGUGUUGUGCUGUGGCAAAUAGCGACUCUGGCAGUGCGGCCAUACCCUGGGAUGAGUAACAGUGAUGUAUUUGGCUUGUUAUUGGAGGUGGAGUCAUGGAUCUGACAAAAAUCACCAUGCUGCCAGAGCUUAGUAAGUCUCAAAUUUGUAGAUAGUUAUUUAUGUGUAAUGUCACUAUACUUGGUAAUAAUCCAUAAUCCAGUAUUACAAUUAUGAAGCAAUGCUGGCGUUAUAAAUCAUCAGACAGACCAACAUUUAAAACAAUUUGAGUUGCUUACCAUCACUUCUUCCGGCUGGCCAUACCAUCAAAGUCAAAGUCUGAGUCAAGUCUUACAGGACUUGAUGGUGGGGGUAUUUGUGUGUUGCUCAUGUUUUAGUCCAUGCACUGUCAUUCUGCUUUGUCUUUAUAUCUCCAGUUUGUAUUUUACUGCUUUUGUAGUAUAUAUGUAGUUUCUAACGGCCUAGCGUCCUAUUUUAGAACUGGACAUUUACAAUUGCUAAUUUUUGAUAUGGGAACGGUUGUUAGGUAGUCUAGUAUCACGUGUGUGUAAAAUUGCAGCAGUUAUCGA